GAUAAAUACGUUGCGUUUCAUGUGACCUGUAAAUAAGCACCUGUUCUCUGCUGAUCUUUAUUCAUCCUGUUAUGACCAGUAAUAAUGUAUGCUGAUUGUGAUGAUUGUGCCGAUUGUUGUCAGUGUGGAUCAGGCUCACAGUCUCCGGGAGGUUCAAGCCAUGAAGCGUUUGAGUUCGCAUCCCAACAUCCUCCAGCUUCAUGAGCUCAUUUACGAUAAAGGCUCGGGAACGCUGUCACUCAUCUGUGAGCUCAUGGAGAUGAACAUAUACGAGUUCAUUAAAGGCCGUCAGUGUCCUCCAGCCGAGAGUAAAGUCAAGCACUACAUGUUCCAGCUGUGCCGCUCUCUGGAUCACAUGCACAGCCAUGGUAUAUUCCACAGAGACGUGAAGCCGGAGAACAUCCUGAUCAAAAACGAUGUGCUGAAGCUGGCAGACUUGGGCUCCUGCAGGAGCAUCUUCUCCAGACCUCCUCACACCGAGUACAUCUCCACACGCUGGUACCGCGCGCCCGAGUGCCUGCUGACCGACGGACACUACUCGCAGAAGAUGGACAUGUGGAGCGCCGGAUGCGUCUACUUCGAGAUCCUCAGUCUGAGCCCUUUAUUCCCCGGCCGAAACGAGUUAGACCAGAUCAACAAGAUCCACGAGGUUCUGGGCACGCCAGACAGCUCGCUGCUGCAGAAGUUCAAACAGUGA